AUGGAAAAAUACAAUAGAGACAAAGACUUUAAUAACCAAAAAGAUAUGGUCGCAUUCGAUCAAACAAUACAAUCGAGUAAAUCUGAUGUGGAUAUUGACAGUAUUGUGAAUAGAAUUGCAGCCUUGAGCAUUAACCGUGUUGAAAGAGAGGAAAGAUUGAGUCGUAGUGAAAUCGAAACAAUGAUUC